GCUUCUCUCUGCCAUAACGGAGCACCGAUAAAGGGUUAAAAAAAUUCAUGCACGUAUUUAUACAUCACUCAGAAAAUUGACCAAUUACACGAUAUGAUAUCUUUCUCAUUAGUUGGAUGAUUGGUCGGUUUCUACCUCCUCGCCUAUCGCCAUGUGAGAGAGAUAACCAAGCAAGCAAACAUUAUCCUCUCCCAUCGCACAUAGAAUUAUCAGCCGCACUCGGCUCGUAGUCUGUUUGCACAUGAUUCUUUCAAUAUCUUCGUAAUUUUUAUGCCUUAUGCAUCUCUUAUGUAAGAGCGAGCGAGCGUGGAUAGCAUAGUGAGCCCGCAGCCGCGAGCGCGAAUUCGGUGUCACCGCAGUUGGCGGGCCUGCCGGUGCCCGUAGCAACUCGAUUCACCCAUGUCUCGUCGGGCGCGAGGGACAGGAGCGCUGGUCUGUCGUCCGCGAGCGUUCGAUCGCGGUUAAGACGAGUUCACGGGUGGUCGUUGUGCGUGCGGUGCGGAGAUCGCGCGCGUUGUUGCAGCAGCUGUAUCCGCUGUUCGCAGAUAGUGCCAGACGCAACGGCGGCCCGGAGAGGGAGAAAAAAAGAAAGAGAGAGAGAGAGCAGCACAUUCGUCAGGGUUCAAGCGAAUGGUCGUGUCAUAGUGGCUGAGUGCAAAAGAGAAAGAAAGAAAGGAAAGAGAGAGAGAGAGAAAGAGAGCGCGCGUGUGUCAGAAACGAUCGGCCGAUAUCGGAGCGCCGAGAAUAAGCUGCACCGCUGCGUGCAGGUGCAUCGGCAGCGCGCGCGAAUGACGUGCGCGACGUGCGAGAAAGGUGCGCGUGUGGCACGCGUAGGCGGAUAGAUAGAGGAUACCGCGGACACGCGCGGGGAUCCUAGGGAAUCUCGGAGCCCGACCGUUGCCCGUCCCGAGAAUCGACGGACGGACGGACGGAAAAUCGGAGUGCGCCGCGAAUUGAGCCGCGGGUCGCGCGAGUCGAGUCCACAGUGAAGUGAAGUCCGCGUCGAGUCGAGUGGAGUCGAGCCGUGCCGAGUGGAGUCGAGCGUCGCGUCGCGUCGCGUCGCGUCACGCUUGAGAAAGGAGCGGAACGAACGCUUCUGGAAGCGGCUGGUUUCGCGGCGGGCGCAUUAAUCGCCGCGGUGCUCGGCGCGACGCGUAAUGGAGGAGCCGCCAACGACAACGAGACGCGCUCGCACCGCUAACCACACCGGCGACAGCAACAGCAGCACCGGCAGCAGGAGCGGCAACGUCACAGCCGCGCGCGAGAACGAUCACCACCGCCGCCACCGCCACGGUAAUGCCGUGCUGCGCCGCGUCGCCAGAAGAGCGUGAGCCGCGCGAUUCCUGUCGUCGACUGUCCUGUCGGCACCCGGCGUCAUCCCGGCGGCCGCCGCCGGCCGAGAGUGAGGCGGCUCGUGAUUGCUAUGGGAUCGUUCGGAACGACGACGCCGUACGACGACGCCGCACCGACCGUUCGAUUCCGCCUGCUCCCGUGACGAUCACCAUCACCGGCCGCGCCAGCCGCAAACCGACGACGCGAAGGAGGUGGAGGAGGAGAAGGAGCAGAGGCAGCAGCAACAACAGCGACAGCACCUCGAAGAGACACGCUUCCGCGACGCACCGCACCCUUCCACGGCACCCUCCUGCCUGCCUGUCGUUCCUGUAAGGUGUAAAUAGCCGCGCGGCGAGCGAGCGAGCGACCAAGAGAUCGCACGGUGAGAGAGGUUAGGCUGGCACGAGGAUUGAUCCCCGAGAGGUGGCAUCGUCCGUCGAACUCUGACAGUUAACCAGCCCCUUCGGCGUACCCCCUCCUGCCACCGCCAUCAUCACCGCCGCCGCCGCCGCCCGCGCGUCCUUCCUUUCCGCGCCCUAUACAGUAUACACCGCGCCCGCGCGUGCCCUUUUCCGCCUGCGGAAACUGCAGCCGAGUACCGUGUCGUGUCGUGUCGUGUUCGUGUUCUGUUCUGCUCCGUUCUGUCGUGCCGUGUAGUGUCGUGUCGUGUCUUGCGUGUCCGUGCAGCAUCGCGCCGCGUCAUCACCGUCGUCGUGUCCAUCGUCCGCGCUUCCCAGGGCGUUUCGGAGAUAUGCCCUGCACGGGGAUCGAUCCCCGUUACUGACAUCCAAUCUCGACGUUGUCGUCGUCAUUGUCAUUGUCAUCGUCAUCAUCAUCAUUGUCACCGUGGCCGGCGCGGCGCGUGCAAGUGCGGUGAAAAAUCGCGCCGGUGACGCGCGCGCAGCCAGUCUCCGAUCGGAUCCGUGUCGGUGUAUCGAUAAUAAUCCUGGCCGCAAUCGUGGAUAACGGCCGGUACGAGAUGCAGAAACGAGACGGGAGGGACAAGGAGCUCGGAGCGCGCGGCUCCGAGCGCGACCAGGAAGUCGCGAAGCGGACCUCUCGGGGCAGUAGGGGCGCCCGGGAUUCGAACGUGCACUCCCGGCACAGCGUCAUGUCAUCAGCGUCAUCCGGCGUGCUCAUGGUCGGCCCGAACUUCCGGGUCGGCAAGAAAAUAGGCUGUGGAAACUUCGGCGAGCUGCGACUCGGAAAGAACCUGUACAAUAACGAGCACGUAGCAAUUAAAAUGGAACCAAUGAAGUCAAAGGCACCACAGCUACAUUUAGAAUAUAGGUUUUACAAAUUAUUAGGUACACAUGAGGGUAUACCGGAGGUGUACUACUUUGGCCCAUGCGGGAAGUACAACGCUCUAGUGAUGGAGCUCCUCGGACCGAGCCUCGAAGACCUCUUCGACGCCUGCGGGAGGAGGUUCUCCCUCAAGACCGUUCUCAACAUUGCCACACAGCUCCUCCAUAGGAUAGAAUACGUUCAUAGUCGGCAUUUGAUAUACCGCGACAUCAAGCCGGAAAAUUUUCUGAUAGGACGAUCCAAGCGGGAAAAGAUCAUUCACAUAAUCGAUUUUGGACUAGCCAAAGAGUACAUAGACCUGGAGACAAAUAAGCAUAUACCGUAUCGGGAACACAAGAGUCUCACCGGCACGGCGCGUUAUAUGAGCAUUAACACGCAUCUUGGCAAAGAGCAGAGCAGAAGGGACGACUUAGAGGCGUUGGGUCACAUGUUCAUGUACUUCCUGCGCGGCAGCCUGCCAUGGCAAGGACUGAAGGCCGACACACUGAAGGAGCGCUACCAGAAGAUCGGUGAUACGAAACGAGCGACGCCGAUCGAGGUGCUCUGCGACGGCCAUCCCGAGGAGAUGGCCACGUAUCUGCGUUACGUACGCAGGCUAGACUUCUUCGAGACGCCGGACUACGAGUACUUGAGGAAAAUCUUCAACGACCUGUACGAGAAACGGGGCUUCGUCAACGACGGCGAGUUUGACUGGACCGGCAAGCCGAUGUCCACGCCCAUCGGGUCCCUUCAGACCGGCCAGGAGAUCGUCGUAUCGCCAAAUCGUGAUCGGCAUCCCGCCGCAUAUAAGGAUGUGGCAGGUGGAGGGGUGGGAGGUGGGGGCGGUAAAGGGGUGGGAACCACGUGGCCAGAUACUGUGAAGCAAUCAGGAGCCGGUGGUACAUUGACACCUGCUGACAGGCACGGUUCUGUACAGACAAAGCACCACUGGAUUAUGGUGGUGUCUUCGACUAACGGAGAACUAGCUAAUGAUGAUCCAACCGCUGGGCACUCAAAUACGCCAAUUACAGCGCCUCAGGAAGUGGACAUGAUCGACGAAACCAAUGUUUGCUUCAUUUCCAGAUGCUGUUGCUUCUUCAAGCGCAAGAAGAAGAAAAGUGGAAGGCAGAAAUGACUGUCCGUUACCUUUGGUCUCGGGGGGGCGGUGCAGUGCGCGGGUAAUAGUGCUGAGCCUGAGGGAACCACCGGGACACGCGGCGGCGCCGCCGUUGCUGCAACGUCGAGGACAGGCAAACCCGGCGGAGCAGGGGGAGUAGAUGAUAGCGGCGAUCCUGAGCGAGAGGCCGUCACCCUGUUACGCGUCGGCAGCCGAUCCGCGUCCCGGGACUCGGUGUUGCACACCACCGUCACGAUGACGCCGACACCGACUCCGCCACCACUGUCGAACUGAUGAACCACCAUCACCGUCACACCAUCAUCACGCAGCCAUUCGUCGCUGUAAUCAUUUGCUCGGAACGGGUCGCGCGACCCUUACCAACUCUAUCGAGAUCGGGAGAAUGAAGCCGCUUUUCCUUUGGCCAAUCGAGCUGAUCUUUUCUGAUAAAUAGGCGGACUCGCUGACGACGAUUCGACUCCCUCUGUUUCUCGCCGUGAUGUCGAUAUCGGAAUUCCGCGAUAAUCUUAUACCUCGUUGCAAUCAGGAAUCGUUUUAGCUACGUCUGCGUCUUGUGAUGAAAGCGUCUACUCGUGCGGCCGAUUGACAAGCGCUUACUCUAGAUUUUCGCAAAGACUUGAUACAUUGAUAGCAAACCGUUGUCGAACUCGUGGGAGCUGCCGGGCCCACUUUAUCGAUCUGUUUCUUUAAUUCUUUUAUAUGCUGUAUAUGUAUGAGAAUAUACAGAAUAUACGUCUGAACAGGUGGAGAAAACGACUGGUACCAGCGAUGUAUUAUUCUGCGACAAGACGCAGUGGAAUUGCAUUUUUCUCGGCGGAAAUUUGAUCGCUAGUUCCUGAUCCUGAAGUUUAUCGUUUUAUUGCGUGGAUCGAAAUACAAAAUGCAUUUUUCUCUGUAUUUUUUCUCUUUUUUUUUUCUCGUGACGGAUAAUACUGCAACGUGAAAAUUCAUGAAAUGCAGAAUAAUGGAAUGCUCAAAAUUUUUGUAUUUUCAUGCAACGAGACGUUGAUUGACUUCUCGUCUCUCGAUAAACUAGUGAUCUUCCUCGGUGAUCAGACUGCCGCUUGGGGUGAAAUUUUUCGCUAAAUUAACGUGUCAACUGGAGAAAUAUAUCUCUGGCCAUCAAUAUCCAUCUUUUUAGAUGCGUGAUUCUGAUAUACGUCUUGCAAUUUCGUCUGAUUCGGCAUAGGCUUUCCCCUUCCCUAUACUAUCGUGAACAAGCUGAUGAAUAUUCCUCGUGGCCUCGAGCUACUGAUAGGAGUGAAGACAUUGGCGAAUCCACUUACCUACUUACUGAAUAAAUCCUCUCGUUUAGCCAAGAAAAGUGACCUCGUACUAUUAUUAUUACUAUUAUUGUCAUGAUUACAUUUCAUCUUGUUGCUACCCACUACCACUAUUACUAUUACUACUUGCUACUGCUACUAUUACUACUGCUAGUACUACGGUUACUAUUAUUAUAUAGCAAUUAUUCAUUAUUAUUUUAUUUUAUUUUAUUUCAUUAUUAUUAUUAUUACUAAUUAUAUUAUUACGUUGAACGUUCUCAUCGUCAUUAUCUUCAUCGUCAUCACUGUCGUCAUCGUCAUCGUCGUUAGCUGUAGUCGUCAUCAUCCUUCUCAUUGUCUAAAGCUCGUUUAUCGAUUUACCUUGUUAUUGAUGUCGAUAUUAUCAACAUAUUGACACGUGGCUGUUGACUGAUAACGGACGUCGGCCAGGACGGUUCGGUGCCGGUGAACCGACCGGAUCACAUCCGCAUUACGUAGGAGCAAGAAGGAAUUGACGUACCGAUGUUGAGAGAACUUGUUUGUGCCUACGACUCUCUUCUUGUACCACGAGGGCGUCUUUUAAUACGCCGUGUUUGCGAUAGAUGCGCGCGCCGCGUCGGCGACUCGUUGUGCGAUCGCAUAUAUAUACUGAAUUAUAACGAAUUGAAGCUAUCACAGAUCUCAUUGUACUCACAGAGUCCCACAGGAUAAAUGAGCGUAGUGUAUCCCCCGCGUUUCUCGUGAUCGAGAUUUCGGUUAUCGCGAAGUCCGAUUGUAAUUACGUGAAAGGCAUGAAACUGAAAGUUCGAUCGUCCCCGGGACGGGACCAGGAAUCGGUCGAGUAUUCGCGAGUAAACCUUCGCGUUUCGCUCUUGCUGCGAUCGCGUGAUGUUGUAGAAAGUGAAAAAUGGCACUUCUGAUUUUUUCUUACGUUCGAUUUCGAGUCUGAUUCCGCCACUAUUUGGAGGAUACAAAAUAUAUCGGUGAUCCUGAUAUAUUAAAACGUUGGUAAUAGAUGAUACGAACACUGUUCUGUACAAUUCUGUAAAGGAAUUCUCUUAAUCUUAAUUACAGCUUGUGCAUUGUAAGAGAUAUCGAAGAAGUAGUAGUAUUAACGUUGUUGAUAGACAUUGUCGAGAUAAUGUUGAAUCGUUCUCGUGACUAAACUAUACCCGGCAAUGCUAACAGUAUAUGCGAAUGCUUUUUCUUUGACGUACACACUGCCUAUCAUUUUUCUACACGUGAAUCAUAGACGUACGACGAUUCUAUCAUCGCUAUAAAGAUUGCGACUGAUACAUUAAGGCUCCGCUAUGAUUAACAUUCGUUCCUCGGGCAAAACAUAAAGUACCUCUUCGCGAAUGUCUCCUCGUCACGAUCACGACAGCUAUCACAGCUACACGUUUGCUAUACGAGCCGCUCGAUGAUUUUCCAUCCACUCGCGUACUCGUGAUUAACUUUAGAUACGCGCGACCUGCAAGUCGCGCAGAAAGUCCACGCACUCUUAGAGUCGCAUUUCUCCAAAGCAAUAUCAAAGGUUUCGGUUUCAUGCCUUCCAAAGUGAAAUUAUCAUGCGAGAGAGUGAUUUGUCGCGACGAGAACAAUUGAAAUGAUAACAUUUUACAUAACAUAUCGAUGAAGUAAGGUUUUUCUGUCUGUAGAACUCUAUAGCAUAUAUAAUGAAAGUUUAGUAGCAUGUAUAUAAAAAAAUUUGCGAAGAGCAACUUGAAAUUACGUGACACUGCAGUCGAUUCGUGUUCCAUUCACCAGUGUGUAUCAGUUAAAGGAGAAGGAAAAACCCGGAAGAAGAGAAGAACGUUUCUUUCAAUACGAAUUCACCUGCGUGGAGAGUGCGACUUUCGAGGACGGUUCUCGUUUUCUUGGUCCAUACGUGUUCUCGAAGUGAUUGUUAAGAGGACACGACGAGAGAUGAAGGAGGAAAGCUAAUGGUAUGCCUGCGAUUCUAUUUUGAUGUUCUUGAGGAGAUUGAGGACCCACGUCGUCGGAAUUAACGAUGAAAAGAAGCGGACAUAUACAUACGUGAUUUCGAUUGGAGGCAAAUUGGUUCAAAUCGAAAGCGCAAUGAGAGACAAAUUAUCGAGUAUUAUGGUGUAAUACGCAAUAACGUAAAGAGUCACUGUAACGAACUAUGUAUAAUUACCAUUUUACUCUCCUGUUCUGAUGUGGGGAGGAGAUCGUUGUAUUGUGAGGCAUUUGUAGGAUCUCGUACGAAGUGGCGCAUGCGAUUUCCUGCUAAUGGCUUGCGACGAAGCACUUGAGCGACCGGAAGAUAAACCGAGACGAAAACCUGAAGAACAUGGAAAAGCGCGCAAGGAUUCUUUCAGCGUCAAUUAAACAAGAGCGUGGUAAAGUGACAGAUUGUACGAGGAGACUCGCGCGGACGCAGCGAGCGUGAAGAGAACUGUUGCUAUGUUCGAAGGUCCACAUUUCUUACGCUAGUCUGGUCGACGAAUUCGCACCAUCAUCCCGAGAUAGGCGUAUGCAGACGUGCCGUACCGUGUUGAUGUAAUACGUCCGUACACCACGUUGUAUCCACGUUGAAACACCUACGAAUAGCCGACAAAAAAAGCGCGUCCGACGACAGGAACCCAAUGUACUUACGGAGCUGUCGCGUAUCCGAGACAUAUUGUAUUACUUGGCCGUACGUGCUCUCGCACGAUAAAACGAACGGAAGAAAGAAGAGAGGGAGAGAAACAGCCCGCCGUCGGACGUCUUGAAAAGUGAUGCGCUUAAACAAACUAGAGAUCAGAAUUUAGAUUGUACUCUCUCUCUCUCUCUCUUUCUCUGUGGAUUUUCCUCUUUUUUUUCUCUCUCUCUCUCUUUCUCUCCCAUUAUCUGUAUCUUCCUACUACCGACGCACCGAGAGCCGUAUCGUUCCUUUUUUUGUAAGUUCGCCGUGGCAAGCAAUCGUUGAAACAAUCGAGACGUCGUUCCACAUUUGUAUCAGCGGACAGCAGAGUGAGUGAUCUGACGAAUGCCUGAUAACGUCGCGGGUGAAUACAAUGUACCCGCAUACGCAUAUGUACACGUGGUCCGCGUGCGUGGAAAGAGAACGAGUCGGGAAGAAACAUUACUUCAGGGUGCUUUCGAAGCUGGAUUCGUAGUUUCGCGUAAGUUGUAUAAUACCGUGUACUCCCUACCACUGUACAUAGGACGCUAAGACCGCGAUUGUCGCGUGCGCGUUCGUCCUCGCGAGUACAUAGAAUUUAUUCGCGCGAUCCAAUAGCGAGCGGCACAUAAAUGUUAAUCCCCGAUGAUCGUGAGGAGAAGACGUGCGUGCGUGCGUGCGUGCGAGCGAGCGAGCAAGCGAACGAACGAACGAACGAACGAAAAGUCCACGCGAGGCAGAGAGUCUCCGAUAUUUAUAUCACUGUCCUGCCGGCGCACGGGGGUGCCCCGUGCGCUGGCGUAAUUAUAAUAAAUAUUCUGCUGCAACCAUGUUGCGCGAGACGUUUAGCCCGUAGUUUUUUAGCCGAUUUUUCAGAGCGCGCGCGCAAAGUCACAAUUUUUAAUAUAACACGACUGACUGCUGGUUAAGUAUGGUUGUGAGCAAAAAGUUCUCGUCUUCGCGAAGACAUUUGUAGAUGGUACACACACAUGAUACACACCUUUCCGUUCCCUCCCCCCCAUAGAUACAUCUUUGCACGGAGAAAAGAGCGAUCGCUGUGCAUAUGCGCUUGCGAUGGAAUUCGAGGCUCGUCGAAAACCCAACACGACCGUUAUCGCUCGAGAGAGGUUUUUGUUUCCCUUUCAUUUUUGUAUAUUUGUAAAUUGGUACGAAUAGAUCGGACCAAGAUCGAUGUACACUCGUCCCUCAUCUCCCGGCUCGCCGAUCGACGACGAAGAGCGGAGCAUCGAUAUACAUUCGUGAUCGCGCGCGUAUCCGUGAAAAUGCGGCCGUGUAAUUAUCAUGCAUUAUCUUGUUGCACGCGAACGACUUGGAAGAAACGGAAAAUUUCCCUCGUGUGUGUUGCAAUCGAUUGUUCAGUCGCGUUGUGCGUUGUCUGAUUGACAGUGUUGGAGAACUGCCGUUGGAAUUUUUGAGAUUAAGUUAAUCAGUAAUAAAAUUAGGAUAAGGCAUCAAUGACGCGCAUAGUGAGGUUUACGUGUGCAUAUUCGGCUUACUAUACGUUCGUGUUGUUUUAAUGAAUUGUUGAGGAAUAAAAUUGCUGAUUGCUAUUGAUAAUAGAAUGACGAACCACCGUUUUUAUCGAAUUGGCAGCUCGCGUAUUGUCUGACGAUGUUACAUGCGCGCGUGUGUAAACAUAUAUUUAAUACUGCUGUAGAAUAUACGAAUUAUUUAUGA